CUCUCUGAUUGGCUAAGAAAUGCCGCCAUUGCAGAAUUUGACAAUCGCGUCGCAUAUACGAGACGGGAGGCGCGGGCUCCUGGUUAAUCUUGACCAUCUGCGUUUCUUCAACUCGCACCUAAAUCGAAGUACGCACGAGCGUUCUUUUGCAUUUAGCCCCCAUCCAAAUGCGGCGGCCACGCGCACACGAAUCAAAGCAGCGACCUCGAGCUCAGCAGUGCAACACCACGUGGUCGCUUAACUAUGUACGGUAGCCGGUAAGAAGUCCGUUUGAGCUAAGCAUGUCGAACGAGGCUCGCCAUGCGUCACCACGGGGACGGGUCUGUGUGACCCCGCAGCUCUACGACGGCCGGUACCUGUCCGCCCUCGGCGACCUGGUGGUGGUCGUGCCAAACUACCGGGUCGGGGCCCUGGGCUUCCUCAGCGGCCCAUCGGCCAACACGUUGCCGGGCAACGUCGGCCUGCACGACCAGCGGCUGGCGCUCUCGUGGACGCUGGCCAACAUCGAACACUUCGGCGGCAACGCGUCCCGCCUGGUGCUGGCGGGUCACGACGCCGGCGCGACGUCCCUGGGCUACCACCUGUUCAACGGCGACUCCGGCUUCUGGACGCGCAGCGUGGCGCGAUUCAUCCUGCAGAGCGGGGGACCCUUCCACAGAUAUAAGAAUGACGGCGCCGACGGUGCCGUUCGCUUGGCGACCAGCCUGCACUGUCCCGCGGACCUGGUGACCGAGGCGUCGCUUCGGUGCCUGCAGAACGCGUCCGUCGACGCGGUCGCCCGCAGCAAGAUGGCGCCCAGGUUCGCGCCAGUGUUCAACAGGGCGCCGCUGACGAGGCCGCAGAUACGUCGAGCGCUGGACAAGACGGCCCCGUCGAACAUGACUGGGCCGCAGGGCAAGGAGUUCCUGCUCGGUCGGGUGGCGCGGGAGGGCGCCUACCCGUGGUUCCUGGAGCAGCAGCGCUCCGGCAUUGGCGACCCCCAGCAGCUGGCCGCGAGGCUGGUCGACUACGAGGUUCUGGAGCGCUGGCAGAACGCCACGGGCAUCGCGCUGGACGCGGCCACCGCCGACGCGACGUACCAGGAGGCCGUCGGGGACAUUCUCGAGGCGUGCCCCAUGUCCGAGCUGGCCGAGCAACUGCAAGCGUGGAAGAACCGCGUGUACGCCUACGUGCUGGCAUACCGGCCCACGUACUCCAGCUGGACGGAAGAGACCGAGGCCGUCCACUUCGAGGACGUGGAGCUGGUGUUCGGCGUGCCGCUCAGGCCCGGCGCGCCCUCUGGCGAGCUCGACAAGCAGUGGUCCAGGACCAUGAUACGCGUGUGGUCCACGUUUGCGCGCACGGGGAGAACGCCCACGCUGAUGACCACCAAGUGGCCGGAAUUCGACAUGCUCCGACUCGCCACCAUGAAGCUGGGCCCCAAGGAAGUCACCGGGCAGCGGGACCCGAAGUGGCAGCGCUGCCGGGCCUUGCGAGACUCGAGCGCCACGCCUUCGUUGAGUUGAGGGGAGGGGAGGCCAGCCGGCCUGUCCAUGUCCUCCGAGAUCUUCAACGGACGCCGUCAAUUUCGGAGGCCAUAUAUAAAUCAUUUUCGACGCGCACAAACCACGCGAUUCGGCGUCGACCUCUCGGCUGUUCGCUUUCAAUCGACGUCACACGUGCAGUUAGUCGCACUAGCGAGUCGAAGCGUUCGUGCGCGCGCAGAUAUUAAAAGGUCAUUUGCAUACGGACGUCGUGCUCUUUUGUACGAUUAUCGACGAGUUGCAGCGUCAGCACAGCGAAUCGAACGCGCACUGAAAACCGUGCUUAUGAUCCCCGGCUUCCAGUCGCUUACCCACCCCCUCCUCUCCACCUGCGCCAGCUAGUCGCCUGGUUAUCUAUACAGGAUGGUAGAGCGACCACUCGGAAAAUCGGUGGUACCGCGCAAGUUCGAACUCGUGUGAGAACCCAAUAGGGACAGCCCCGGAUAUGUUGUUCGUGUGGUUUCCACGGACCCGUACAGAGAUACAUUGAUGGGAAAAACAGGAAGUAGGAUUCCAAACGACUUCUGCAUCAGCCCGGCGCGCGGAGGUCGUUAUAAGGCUACAGGAUGCUGCGAAGAAUUCGCGAAAAAAAAAAAAAAAGCAAAUGAGUGCCGACUGCCGAGGUGACAAUUUCGACUUCUCACUUAAAUUGUGUUAAAUGAACGUCCAAUUUUUCUAACACCUGAGAUGAACGAUGAAGCCAGCACAGGGGAAAUUAUUUGUAGUUCUAUGAUAGGGGGGGGGGGGGGGGGACGAAAGCGGACGAAAAGAAACUACUUGCAGCCGAUGGGAGCCUAACCCACAGUUAAACGCCGACUUGUAAAACACGAUGUGACAAAUUUCUCCGUUUUACGAAAAAAAGGAAGCGAACUCCAACGUUGCCUGCCUCGCAGCUGCAGUAUAAGGUCACCCAAAGGCCGGAAACAGCACCCUCCAAUAGUGGUAUCCCCGCCAAUACUGGCUAGGGAACUGUCGAUACAUGAACUCCAGCGUUACCUGCCUCGCUGCUGCUGUAUAAGGUCACACACAUGCCGGAAACAGCACCCUCCAAUGAACUCCAGCGUUAUCUACCUCGCAGCUGUAGUAUGUCAUACACAUACCGGAAACAGCACCCUCCAAUAGUUCUAUCCCUGCCUAUACUGGCUAGGAAACUGUCGAUAUAUUAAAACGUCUAUGUGUGUUGCCGCAAAUUAUUCUCUGUUACCACAUUUGUUAGUUCUGUAAUAUAUGUGAA